AAAGAAAGGGUCUUUCUUCCAACUCUUUUGUAGUUUAUAUUCAUUACAGAAUUCUUCGUGAGACCCAGAUCAGAUUCCGGUCAAUUAGUUGUAAUCUCCGACCACCCAUUUGAUAUUUUGCACAAACCAGAUUGGUAAACUGCAGAUUUGAGGAUAAAAAAGAAGAAGUGAUAAGAUUUUUCCUAGAAAUUAGUGAGGCAGGAUGAAAUGGAGUGAGAGAGAUGUUUAUAUUUCUUUAUUUUAAGUGUGUCUGUGACUGAUAAAUCCUUAACAAUGUGUUAAUGGUGAGAAAUUCGAAUCUGGGUUUUUGUUUCUUUUGUAACUUGAGAUAGGUUGAUUGAUGGGUACUUGUUUCAGUUCUGAGUAUGAUGAACACCAUUCUUUCCAGACCAAGCCAGGUGAAAUCCAACCAUCUCCAUCUAAAGAAGCUUUGAAGAUUCCACCUAAACAGAGUUCGUUGGAGUCGCCAAAUAUAAAAAGUCCUAGCAGUGUAGUUGUGAUCACCAAAAAUGUUAAAGAUCUACGGCAGAAUCCUGGAUAUAGCAAUCUUGAUAUCUUUACAUAUGAUGAGAUGCGAAUGGCCACCAAACUCUUUAGGCCAGAUCAAGUUCUUGGUGAGGGUGGGUUUGGAGUUGUUUAUAAAGGAGUUAUAGAUGAAAAUGUGAGGCCUGGUUAUGCUAAAACCCAAGUUGCUGUUAAGGAGCUUGAUCCAGAAGGAAUCCAAGGUGAUAGAGAAUGGCUGGCUGAAGUCAAUUAUUUAGGUCAGCUGCAACACCCAAAUCUUGUGAAGCUUAUUGGAUACUGCUGUGAGGAAGAUCACCGCCUUUUAGUGUAUGAAUAUAUGGCAUCUGGGAGCCUGGAGAAACACCUAUUCCGCAGAGUAUGUGCUACAUUGACUUGGUCAAGAAGAAUGAAGAUUGCUUUGGAUGCUGCAAAAGGGCUUGCUUUUCUCCAUGAUGCCGAAAGGCCUAUCAUCUAUCGGGAUUUCAAGACAUCAAAUAUCUUGUUGGACGCGGACUUCAAUGCAAAGCUGUCUGAUUUUGGACUUGCAAAGGAUGGGCCUAUGGGAGAUCAAACCCAUGUAUCAACUCGAGUUAUGGGUACCUAUGGAUAUGCAGCACCUGAAUAUGUCAUGACCGGACACUUGACAGCUAGAAGUGAUAUAUAUGGGUUCGGGGUGGUGCUCCUUGAGAUGCUGAUUGGUCGGAGAGCCAUGGACAAGAGUCGGCCUAGCCGUGAGCACAACCUGGUGGAGUGGGCUAGACCGCUUCUGGUCCACAACAAGAAGCUUGUGAGAAUAUUAGACCCCAGAAUGGAAGGUCAAUAUUCAUCUAAAACUGCCAUCAAAGUUGCCAAUCUGGCUUACCAAUGUCUCAGUCAAAACCCUAAAGGUAGGCCGAUUAUGAGCCAGGUUGUUGACACACUCGAAUCCAUCCAGACCUGCGAAAAUGGUCAAGAAGAGGCUCUUUUUCAAAGUGGGUGCGGAAGCGUGACCUUGUUUGAAGCCCCCAAGAAGAAUGAAAACCAAGUGAAAGAAGGUGAUCGCCAAAUCAAGUCUCCGAAGGAGACUAAGAUGUAAAAUGAACAUGUUUUUGGUGGAAACUUUGUUGUACAAGAUCUAAUUCAUAGCUCUUUGGGUUAUUGACUUCAAAUACUUGUCAUCUUAUUUUGAUACAAAAGCGAUAUUUUCCACUGA